UGGAACAGACCACCCACGCCCUACGCGGCCCAGCACCAUUUGGUAAGACUGGCGCCAAAGUUAAUAAAAUUGCCAAAAAUAAAACCAGUCGGCACCAGACUAGCAAAAUUUGAAAUUCUAAUAAGCGCCACCUGACGACCCAAUCUGGAUAGCCAUCUGUUGCCUAAAUUGUGAGACUCAUUGCCUGGCCACACUAAAAACUGCCCAGCCCUGCGUUGCCCUGGCGACGGUUUUGUUUUGAUUUUGACAUCUCAAAAUAUUAAUAAUAAAUUGCAGUUAACAACAGUUAACAAAGAUAACAAUUUUAACGCAAAACUCUAACAAAAUGUUUCGUCGUGGUAAAUUAUCGUUUUUAAACACCAAAGAUGACCGCAUAAAGGUUAUUAAUGAGCGCAUAACGCUGACUGAACGCCACCUCAUGGAAAUAUGUUCGGCAUUUGCUUUGGUAACCCGGAAAAUGGCCAAAUACCGCGAUUCGUACGAUGAGCUGGCAAAGGGCGUCAGGGGCUAUGCGGAUGACGAGGAAAUCAACGAAAGUCUCUCCACGGGCCUCAAAAGUUUCACCAAAGCAGUGACCAUAAUGGGCGAUUACAUGGACAUUAAUGUGCACCGACUGGAGCAUAAGAUUGUCAAUGAAAUGACACAGUUUGAGCAGCUCUGCAAAUCCACGCGCGAUAAUCUGCGUCUGGCGGUCAUUGCCCGGGACAAGGAGGUGCUGCGCCAACGUCAAAUGCUAGAGAUCAAGUCAAAGUUUGCAGCCAACAAUAGCGCCGCUGAUUCGGAGCUCUUCAAGGCCAAGCUAGAGGUGGCGCGCACAAACAAAGAAAUUGAUGAGAUUAUUGGCAACUUUGAGCAGCGCAAGCUACGCGAUAUUAAACAGCUACUCGGCGACUUUCUACUCAUCUCGAUGAAGCAGCACACCAAAGCGCUGGAGGUGCUCAGCGCCAGCUACUAUGACAUUGGCAGCAUCGAUGAGCGCGACGAUUACCUGGAGUUUCAGAAGCUAAUGAAAACCAAAGAGGAGCCCACAACACGCAAGGGAACACUGAAGAAGGGUCUACGCUCACAGUCAAUGGAUAGUCUGGAUCACGAGCAGCUGGUCAGUCCACUGAAGCGACAUCAGAAGUUGUCCAGAAGCAGCAAGAAUCUGGCUGGCGCGGGUAUAGCACAUGGCAACAAGGGGGAGGAGCAGCAAGAGCAGGAGACUGAUGAGCAGGAGGACGAGGAGGUGGACGAAGACGAUAAUGAUGAAGAGGAAACUGAACAAAGCGGCGAGGAUGAUGAGGAAGAGGAAACUGGCAGCGCCUCGGACGAUGAACGCGAGCCCGCUGCCCCAGAUGCACCGCCUGCGCCCAGAGAGAAUGUGUUUGGUGUGAAGCCAAGAGCCAGCAGCAGCAAAGAGAUGGCCAACCCUUCGAUGGCACCCCUGAAACCCAUACGCCAAAGCGUUAAACAUCCCUUCAAGGCAGUGGCUGCUACGCAUCAGGUGAAGCGUCGGCGUGCAGGACGCGGCAGAAGUAGCGCCGGUCGCCUGGUAACCGUUGUUAAAUCGAAGCCAACCGUUUGAGAGCAUCGUUGGGUGCUUACAAUUCGCGAUUUUUUUAAUAAAUGUAUAAUUUAAAAAUAUAAACUAAAUGGCAAAUAGCUCCAAGACAAGCCCUUGCCCAUAAUUUACUUUACUUAAAUUAUGAUCUUCCUGCGGGGUACAACUUAAAACUAUGCAA